AUGACGAGCUUCGAAAACCCUUCAAGUUCAACCGUCGUCCAGGAAGUUCCUUCCUACUCGCACAUACCGUCUUGCAAAGGCUCUGAGAAGCGCUCUUUCAGAGCCAGGCUGAAACAGUUCUGGCUGGGGGAGAUCGAUGUCCGAUGGACGGAUCUAAUUCUGCUGGCCGGCACCUUCGUCAGUGGUCUCAUUGACGGGCUUGCAUUCAACGCCUGGGGAAAUUAUGUCAACAUGUACACCGCUAUUGCCAUCGUCAGCUUCCUCAUCGGCAACUUCUUCUUCAUCCACUACGGUCGACUCCUCGGCCCCCGUCGCCGCAUAGCCGUCGUCAGCUCCUUCGCCGUACAGACCUUAUUCCUGCUCGUCACCGCUCUUCUCAUCAAGGAACGCAUCAUCAACCCGCAGCCGGACCGCUUCGAACCCAUCAGCUGGAUCCAGCUCUUGGUGGCGUCGCGCGUUCUGGCUAUCCCUGAGACACCGACUGUCGUGCUGACGGCGCUGGUUGCCGACCUGCUCAUGGACCCGUUGCUGUAUCAACGUCCUUGGAGCUCUAACAGCAAGCGGAAUCGGAGGGUCGGUGCCAUUUUGACCCAUUUCGCGAGCACCACAGCUGGGGGUGGGAUGGUCAAGCACACUGGCCUGGCUGGGGGUUGUGGCUUUGUGUGGCGCUCAAGGGGGGGUAUCACUUUGACGUUUGCCGGGUGGAAUGAGAAACCCCCUGUGCCUUCGAAGAACGUGGUGUAG